AUGUAUACUGCGUUCAUUGACCUUGAUAAUUCUACCGGUCCUGAAUUACUCCAAAUCUUAAUAGCUGCUGAAGAAUUAUGGAUGCAAAAAUUAAUAAGCUACAUACAAGAACAUUUAAUUGAAAAAAAGACUUGCUUCAUCCGCAACUUUGCCGCUCACGUCCUUGAAACUAUACUUCAUUUGGAAUCUUGCUCAACUCUUCAAAAUUAUUGCUUAGAAUUGCCAGUAGACUCUUGGGGUUAUAUAAUUCCUUUAAAAAACUUGUUGAAUUUACCUUUCGAAUCGAUUUCUAAAUUAAAAACAAUCCUGGAUCAAUUUAUUCCGUUGAUUCGAUGGAUGGAUAUUCCUUCUGAUGAUUUCUUUCAAGAUGUUUACCCUUUCGAAAAAAUUUUACCUAAAUCAAUAUUUCAAGAUAUCUUAC